CUGAUCGUCCUCAUACCAUUCAGCCAGAAAGGGGAGAGAGAGACUGUUAAGAUGCAGGAGUAUGAUGUUAUAGUGCUCGGAACUGGGCUUAAGGAAUGUGUCCUCUCAGGUUUAAUGUCACUAAACGGCAAAAAGGUCCUUCACAUCGACAAGAACGCUUACUGCGGGGGAGAGAGUGCGUCGAUCUCCGCCCUCGAGGAGCUGUACAGGAGGUUCAAGGUUCCUGGUCCCGUCACAUCUACUGGUCGUGGAAAAGAAUGGAACGUUGAUCUUAUUCCCAAGUUUUUCCUUGCCAAUAGUCAUCUGGUGAUAAUGUUGAUACAUACUGACGUGACUCGCUAUUUGGACUUCAGAGUGGUCGAAGGGAACUACGUGUACAAAGCGGGAAAGCUACACAGGGUCCCCGCCACUGAGGAAGACGCUCACAAUUCAGAUCUGAUGGGGAUGUUUGACAAGAGGAGGUUCAGGAAGUUGUUGCUUUUCGCUCAGAACUUUGACGUGAGAAAACCUCGCACGCAUCAGGAUGUGGACCCCGACCAAACCACAACCCGCGAUCUCUUCUCUCGCUUUGACCUCGGGCUGGACGUUGUAGAGUUCAUAGGUCACGCCAUAGCCUUGCACGGCAGCGAGAGUUAUCUGGACCAGCCCUGCAUGGAGACUAUCAAGCGGAUCAGAUUGUAUGCCGAGUCUCUGGCUCGCCACAACACCAGCCCGUACCUCUACCCUGUGUUUGGACUGGCGGAACUACCGCAAGGAUUUGCGAGAUUGAGUGCAGAGAACGGAGGAACGUUCCUGCUUAACCGAACGGUGGAUGAGAUCUUGUUGAACAACGGCAAAGUGACAGCCGUGAAAUCUGAAGGGAAGUUGUUCCGGUGUAAACAGCUCAUCUGCGACCCCGGCUACGUUCCCAACCGAGUGAGGAAGGUGGGGCGAGUCAUCAGGGUCAUCUGCUUAUUAAAUCAUCCCGUUAAAAACACGCAGGAAGCCAAGUCGUGCCAGAUCAUCAUCCCCCAAACGCAACUCAGCAGGAAAUCGGACAUCUUCAUAUCUGUAGUGUCCUAUGCACACAACGUAGCCUCGGAUGGCUUUUACAUUGCCACAGUGAGCACAGCAGCUGAAACCAACCAACCGGAGAAAGAAGUGCAGCCAGGCCUGGACCUUCUGGAGCCCAUCAUGCAAAAAUUUGUUUCGGUCAGGAGCCUGCUUGUUCCCAAUGAUGACGGAAACAAGAGUCAGAUUUUUGUGUCUCGCUCAUAUGAUGAAACCAACCACUUUGAGGGCGAGUGUGAAGACAUUAAGGACAUGUACCGCCGCAUCACUGGCACCGAGUUCUGCUUCACUUCACACAGGCAUCAGUCACGCAGCUCGGAUGAAGACUGACCCCUCAUAGAGAAAUACAUAAGCAGCCAGACAGACAUAUAGAUAGAGCAGUUUUUUUUUUUUUUUUUCAAAUUACUUGUCACCAUAUCCUUUCGUGGGAUGUUAACACAGAAGUAGGGAAGUGUUUUUUUCUUCUGUUUUAUGUUGUCUUUGUUGUUGCUGGUUUUUUUAACUGAUCCCAGCCAACUUCGGGCAAAAGGUGGACUACAGUAGUAGAGAUGGAACAACUAUUCACAGUCACAAUCAUGACGUCAUGGGAACUGAACCCCUGCUGCUUGUGCCACAGUCAGGGGAAACACAAAAAACAAUGCAAAUAAAAAUCAUGACUGAUGACCGUGA